AUGUCCGACUUUGAGAUUAUCGAUGGGCUUGAUACUUGUACCAUCGCAGACCCAGAAAUAUCCACUUCUGGUACGGACCAAGGGGUAGCCCAAAGGGCCACAAUUGCUGAAGGGAAAGUUGAAGCAGAUGCAAAAAUCAAGCGUUGUGACUGCAAUGAACCAGUCCCCAAGCCGGAAGAGAAACUCGGACCAAUGCAACAGGAGAGCAAACAACAGCAAGACGUCUCAAUGACGGAAUUAGCGGGGAACGAUGCUAUCAACUCAAGCCCCGAGGGUGUGGCUGCACCUAUCACCGAGGAUGCGGACGCCUUAGGCGUAAGCAAGGAGCCAUCCGCCACGGGAGAAAGUAGCAUGCCAGUUCCGAUAACCCCUUACACUCUUCAGUCGAAUCAGAAGACCUGCCAUCAAUUUAAGCAACCGGCAGGCCCUACGUUUGUGCGCAAAAUCCCGCCGCCGCCACCGCCGGGAGACAUGCCACCCCCCUUCCCCAUUCCACCUCCUCCACCUGGUAUGCCGGGCAUGCCUGGUAUGCCGGGAAUGCCUGGUAUGAUGCUCCCACCACCCCCUGUCCCUCAGUGGAAGAAGAAGUCGAAGUCGUCGAAGACAAGCGCUGUAGGACUCCCGUUUAAUAUGCCACUUCCUCCAGUCAUGCCAGUUGGCGCUCUACCGCCAGGUGCCGUAAUCCCGCCACCCCACGUGUUUCUCCCGCAAAAGGGGAAAUUACCAGAUCGGACGCGGAGGACCCACCGUUCUCGUCGAGAGGAGUCCGUAUCCGAAUCCCCCCCGCCUCGGCGGUCACGGAGGCGGUCAAGAGCUCAAUCGAGAUCAUGGUCGAGGAGCCGCUCCUCUUCUUCACGGGAAAGCAGCGUCGGAAGAGAGGACGACGGAAAACUCACGCUUCUUACGAGCCAUGAGGAGCUCUCCGAUUGGCUGGGCGAGGGUUGUUUUGUCCGCUUCCCUCCGUCCCUUUCCAACCCCAUGUCUAGUGUGUAUGUUACUCGUCAUGAUCUUAGCCCGGUUGACCUGGAGCGCUACCUCUGGCUUUUCCGUGGUGGCGAGGAGGGGUUUUGGUAUGUGCGUCCGAAUCCCGGCGUCCUCGAUAUACUCUCCUCAUCUAAAGGCGCCGCGAGUGCCUCCACGGUGCUGGUACCAUACAAGUUUCUGCCACGGGAAUCCACUUGGACGGAGAUUACACCCCGAGUGGUGCGCAUCUGCGUAACGGAGGCACUGACAACUGAGCUACCGAACUUCGCGGAUAACCGCCUCUAUGGCUUCCCUUGCGAGUGUCCGCCCACUCAAGGAGACCCCAUUCCCAUCAUCCGUCCCAUUGCAUUUUGCAACAAGUGCGGCACGCGGAUCAGAGACAAAGUGAAACACGAAGGCAUCGUCUACACUAUGGUGCAGACCCGACUGGACUAUCUGCCAGUCGGCACCAAACCUCAAACUCAUUGGAUGGCCAUCCCGCCUCCGCCGCCGCCUCCUCCUCCGGGCAUCCCUCCUCCACCGGUAUCAUCUACACCGAGCUCCUACCCUCCAUCUGGACCGCCGCCACCUCCUGAAGUCCAUCCCGCAAUGGCUCCAGUGAGGACCACGCAUCAAUCUUGCCCACCCCUGGGACCCUGGAGUGUAGGCCCUCCUCCGCAUCCCUUCUCGGGCCCGGUGGGCAGAGAAAAAGCGAAGCAGCAGCAACUCGUGCAUCGGCUGAUUCGUGUCGGUAGCUCGAAAGAAGCGUGUGCCAGGGCCUAUCUCGAUGUGAUCGAUGGGUGGAGCACCGUCAUGGUGGUGGCGACCAAGUAUGAGGGAUCUGCGAGCCGCAGAAGUGGAAAGUCUUCUGGCGAAUGGGUCGGUGUAGAAAGGGUCGAAAAAUUGUGGCAUGUUCUGGACGAUAGCCCCGACGGCGCAUGGAGAGUGUUUUACUAG